AUGCAAGCCCGGAACUUAGGUAAGAGUCUCUUUGAGGCGAUCGCUGUCAGCGGUGAAGAUUGCAUCUUCAUAGGUGACUGGAACUGCACCGCUGAAGAAGAGCCUGUCGAAAGACUUCAGACUGUGUUGGAGCGUCGCCUCCGUCGCACCCUGCGACGUCUGGCAGAGCUGCAAAAGACUGAUGCUGAUUGGAGCUUGGCACGUAAAGUGCUGAAUGCGCUGCCGUACUUGCAAAAGCAUUUUCCUGAGCUCACUGAGGUACGAAAAGCUGUUGGCAAGGCCCAUGGGCCUGACGGUUGGACGGGUGACUCAUGGUCCUUGUUGCCCAUGGGUUUCUUUGAUGCCUUGGCCAAGUUGUGGAAUGUGGUUAUGAAAACGGCGCGCUUGCCAUACCAGUGGCACUCAGUUCGUUGCGUUUUGAUUCCCAAAGAGGUCGGACUCCGACCCAUCAGCAUUGCAGCCCUUGCCUGGCGAACUGGCAUAGGUGUCCUUGCUCAGCAGCUGGCUCAUUGGAUUGAUUCAUGGGCCCCUGAUGAACUUGUGGGCGGUUUGAAAGGCCGAUCUUCAGCUACUGCGCAUGAACAAUUGCAUGAGAGCAUAGCUUGGCCCAAGGUUUUUGGAGCUAAGAUCGACAUUGCCAAAUGCUUCGACCAUGUCGAUGACACUGUGACUCGCAAGGUUUCUGCGCGACUGCGCAGACUUCGGACCGCAACCAGCAACCAGAGAAACAAACGCAAGCUCACGCGCAGUUUGGUGUUGUCUUUGUUUGCUCAUUCGGGGCCGUGGACAACUGUGUCCAAAAAGCUCUUGAAUCAGUGGCGUUACACCAUUGAGCAAACCAUCAUCGGCCGUGCCGUGCCGGGCAGGUCUCGUUUUCUGCUUUGGCAGUAUUUAGGUCCGGAUCUUUGUCCUGAAUUCGCGUUGGACAGGCGGGUAGUCUUUCAUGAGCUUUGGAAAGUCAGACGUGCUGUCUCAAGUUGCCGUUCCCUGCUCGACAUCGAGCAGGUGUGUGCCGCUAUGCCCCAACCUUCGACCUCUUACCGAUUGGCAGAAGUUUUGAACAAGUGGCAGUGGCAGCACAUCUCGCAGAGUCGUUUCCGCACCCCGCAGGGGGACCUUGAUUUGGCAUUUGACGGGUUGCCGGCAAUCAAAGAGGCCAUGAGACACGCAUGGCUGGCGUACCUUUGGAGAAACGAGCCCCGCGCGCAAGAUGACGCGGAGGUUUGUCAACGUGUUUUGCCAGUCUACCAGGCGCAUUCAGCUUGGAUGCGUCAGGGCGUCUCUGAUUGGGAGUCCUUCUGCAUUGCGGUCGGCGCUGGCAAAGAUAGUCGUAAACUCGCCAAGCAGCAUGAGCUUGAGUCCUUCAAUUGUGCAUGCGGGAGGGAAUGGCCUUCACGCACACAUGUCACGUGGCAUUGUCCUUCUUGCCCAGGGUUGCCUGAGGCUUCUCGGCCUACACGCAAAGCUGAGGAACGUUUGCUCGUUCCUAGCAUCCAACUUCCUCCCAUACCUGAUGAAAGGUGUAGCCAGUUUUUGCGACCGGAUCCGAAUUUGUGUGAUCUUUUUCGUAGGACUGCCACGGCCGACCAGGGACUGGAUCAAAACAUUUUUGGCGCUGAAUCGGUUGCUGUUUUGAAAGCUUUCAUUGCUGCGACUCAUUUGCGCGUAGAUCUUCUGUUGGUUUGCGAUAACCUUGCGGUCGUCAGACGUGUGAAGCAAAUCCAAACGACGGGAUAUUUGCCUCAGUGGGCGCCGGGCCUGUGGAAGGCCUUAAGCUUAGAACAGGCCGCUCGGUCUGUGCACGAGCUUCUUGAUUGGAAAUUUACCUUUGAUGCUGCAGUGGCCUGGUCUGCUUCAGCGCUUGAUAGGCAGCGGAGUGCUUUGCGGUUCCUGAGGCAACGGUUUGGAGCACCAGGGCCGACCGGGCCAGUGGAAGCUGCGCCACAGGUUCUGACACAGCCUGAAGCGCCGCCUCUGCCACCGGUCCUGGCGCAGCCCGAAGUGCCAGCUCAGCCAGCAGCUUUGACGUCGCCAGCUCAGCCAGUGGCAACUCUGCCAGAGGUUCUGACACAGCCCGAAGCGCCAGCUCAGCCAGCCGCUCUGACGCGAGUGCCAACUCCGAUGCAAGCGCCUGCAACCCAGCCAGCGCAAAUGCAGCCCAAAGCAUCACCUGUUCAGCCAGCGCAGCAAGCCCAGUCACUUGGGACACCAUUUCCACACCGCCUGCGAGCCAGCUCUGACAUCACACUGCAGGAUGAGGCAGCCCUUUCGAGAGGUAGUACGAUGGUUUAUGAAACGCAGCCCAGCACAGGCAUGGCACGACCAGUCCCCACAGUGCCAGAAGAGUGGCCUGACUCACAGCCCGACACCUUCAUGGACCGUCCAGAUGAGCUGCCCACACUCCAAGCUGAUUGGGAGAAUUGGCAGGAUUCACAGCAACCAAGUUCACAACUCCCCGUCCUUUGA